UAACAAUGUCAAAACCAAACUCUUAUCUUCAAUAAUGAGACAAAAGAAACCGAAGUUAAGUCUAUAAUCAAUUUCUACAUAGACAAUGUGGCCAAAAAUAAUAAAUGAACAUAUAUCAUGGGUUGUUGAGACACCCAAUUUAAUAAAAUAAAAACAUUGAAUGUCUUAUUUUCUUCUUCUUUAAAAACCCUUUGUACAUUUACUCUUCAAUUCAUCCUCAUUUACUCUCUAUAGUUUCUCUCUCUUUCUCUAAACUUUCACCUAAGAUCGAUCAAUGGCCAAGGGAAGAGGCAGUGCAUCAUGGUCGGCUCGAGCCAUAGUGACUCUCAUGGCUGUGUCAGUGUUGUUGCUUCAAGCUGACUACGUUCAAGCUGCAACGUACACGGUCGGUGACUCUGGUAUCUGGACCUUUAACGCUGUGGGUUGGCCUAAAGGCAAACACUUUAGAGCCGGCGACGUUCUUGUGUUUAACUAUAAUCCGAGGAUGCACAACGUAGUGAAGGUAGAUAGCGGAAGUUACAACAACUGCAAAACACCGACAGGGGCAAAACCUUACACUUCAGGCAAAGAUCGUAUAACUUUGUCUAAAGGACAAAACUUUUUCAUCUGCAAUUUUCCAAACCAUUGCGAAAGCGAUAUGAAAAUCGCAGUCACCGCGGUUUGAUCGAACAUCUAGCAAUGAAAAUAGUUUGAUAACUUGUUAUGUUCUUAAGAAACUAUUGAAGUAUGCAAUAAAACUCGUAUCAAAACUUUUUUUGUUUUUCUUAUGUUUUCUGAAAAGUAUCCGGUGCGGUCUCUCUAGAGAACCAGAGUCGGUUUUGUAGUUUGGAAGAUUCAAACGGACCUCUUAUUAUAUUUAUUAUAAUAUAGUUAUAAAAAUAUAUUUCAAAAAAUAUAUAUACUGAAAAUGAUAUAAAGAAAAAAGAAUGAGGUUGCCAACCAUAAUAAUGAAAAAAACAGAAAUGGAAGUUUAAUUUUGGGGAAAAUUCCCAAAA